GCAAAUCAACCAAUCGGACAUGCUAAAUCUCAUUUUCCGCAUAUACGUAACUUGCCUUUGGCUGAUUAUGCAACUGGUAAUGAAGAUUUAUGUAUUGACAUUCUUUUGGGUUCUGAUUAUUAUUGGUCGUGUGUAUUAGGCCAUGUCGUACGGGGGGAGAAUAACAUGGGACCUACUGCUAUGCUUACUCGGUUUGGCUAUGUUUUGAGUGGACCCGUUAAUGUUCCCAUUCAUGGCGGUAACACUUAUUCGUAUCAUACAUCUACGCAUGUUAUGAAGGUUUUACACGAACCUUGUAAGGAUGAAGAUUUGAAACAUGAUCUAAAAAUGUUUUGGGACUAUGAAACUCUUGGAAUAAAAGAGAAUGAACCUUCCGUUUACGAUGAAUUUUUGAACAAUGUUGAGUUUUUAAACGAUCGCUAUGAAGUCUCUUUACCUUUUAAAGAAGACCAUAAAAUAAUUCCAGACAAUUACUCUGUUAGCGAAAAGAGAUUGUUUUCUCUUUUAAACAAAUUGAAGAAUCAUCCGGAAGUAUUGAAUGAGUAUGACAAAAUUAUUUCGGAUCAAUUGAAAAAUGGCAUAAUUGAAAGAGUCGAUCCGACUGUUAACUUUGAUGUUGGAAAAACGCAUUAUCUUCCCCAUAGAGCAGUUGUAAGGGAGGAUAAAACAACAACACGUGUACGUAUUGUUUACGAUGCUUCUUCUAAGUUGCCUGGUGAAACAAGCUUGAAUGAAUGCCUUUAUACAGGACCAGCGCUUACUCCGUUAAUUUUUGACAUUUUAUUGCGUUUUCGCUUUAAACCUAUCGUCUUGAUGGCAGACAUCGAAAAAGCAUUUUUGAAUGUUAGUAUCAAACCUGAUGAACGCGACUUUCUGAGAUUUCUUUGGGUCAAUGAUAUUUCUGACAGUGACAAACUCGAGAUCGUUUGUUUUCGGUUCACAAGAUUGGUUUUUGGCCUCGUCAGUUCACCUUUUGUUUUGAAUGCUACUAUCAGAGCUCAUUUGGCCAAAUAUGCCCAAAGCAAUGAAAAAUUUGUACGAAAUGUCUUGAAUUGCUUAUACGUGGACGAUUUUAUCUCCACCUUUUCUUCUAAGACGGAAGCCUUGGAGUCUUACAAGGAACUGAAACUCUGUUUCAAAAGGGGAGGUUUCAAUUUAAGAAAGUGGGAAUCUAAUUGUUGUGAAUUGGCUGAUGAAAUUGCAAAGAUCGAAUCAAAUAAUUUCGAAGCAAAUAAUGUAUUAAAGGAAAGGAAAAUUGAAGAAGAAGAUGAAAGCUUUUCGAAGUCUUCAUUUAAGAACGAAGAUAUAGAGAAUAAUGCUAAAAUCUUAGGCUUGGCAUGGGACAAAACGUCCGACAGAAUUAGGUUUGAUUUCUCAAAAAUCUUUUCAAAUGAUUGCCAAUUCGUAACGAAACGUGAAAUUCUGAGUUCAACGGCUAAGAUAUAUGACCCACUUGGUUUACUUUCGCCAAUUGUGGUUCCUUUAAAGUUACUCUUUCAAGAACUUUGCAAGAAAAAGGUAAAUUGGGACACAAAACUUUCUGAGGAGAUCAGUACUGAGUGGAGAACUAUUGUUUCGGACAUUCAAAGUUCUCCUCCUGUCUUUGUAAAUCGAUCAGUAACUGAUGUUAACAAGGAUGAAAUUGACCAUGUCGAGCUACAUGGGUUUAGUGACGCCAGUAGCAUUGCUUUUGGGGCUGCAGUUUAUAUACGUGUUGUCAAGAAAUCUGGCAAAAUAUCUGUUGAUUUGGUGGCUGCAAAAACAAGGCUUGUGCCCUUAAAAUCUGACACAAUACCACGUUUGGAAUUGAUGGCAGCACUCGUACUAUCGCGGCUAAUUAAAUCUGUGAAAGAAGCCUUGAAGCCGGUGAUAGAAGUUGAUAAAAUAUUUUGUUGGGUAGAUUCCCAAAUUGUUUUGUGGUGGAUUUUCAGUCGCGAAAAGGAAUAUAAACCUUUCGUUCAAAACCGAGUUUUAGAAAUUAGAAAACAUGUUCCUCCUUCAUGCUGGAACUUUUGUCCAACUGAUCUUAAUCCUGCGGACCUAGCCUCUAGAGGCUGUAAAAUGUCACAGAUCUCAGGCUCUGAAAUUUGGUGGUUUGGACCCACCUUUUUGGCAAAAUCAGAAAACUAUUGGCCUGCCGUUUUGAACUUUGAAACAAAAACUAAAAUUCCGGAGGACGUUUCGUUUGAACUUAAUCGUGAAACUAAAUCUAAUCCUCGGAAGGAUUUUAGUGACGUAUUUGUGGGAGUGUCCACAGCAUCGAAUUAUGCGCUUGAAAAUGUCAUUAAAGCAGAAGACUUCAGUGACGAAAAUCGACUAUUUCGCGUCUCUGCUUACGUUUUUCGUUUCGUGGAAAAUUUGAAACGGCGUUUAUUAAAGGAAGAUAUAGAAACGAAUGAUCUAACAGUGGAAGAAGUGGAAAAUGCGCGAAUAUCAUGGCUCCGCGUGAUCCAAUCUCAUUUAUCUUCGGAGCGAAACUUUGAUAAAAAUUUAGUCUAUUUGCGCGUCUAUGAGGAUGAAAAUGGUUUGCUACGAUGUAGAGGUAGAAUUCAAGAAGCUAACUUGUCAACUCAAUCUAAAUUUCCGAUACUGUUACCCCGAAAUCAUUAUAUUACGAAGUUACUUGUAAUGCGAGCGCAUGAAAACGUGAAACAUAACGGAACUGCCGAAACUUUGACCGAUCUGCGUAGUUCAUUUUGGAUUAUACGUGGCAGACAACUUGUAAGAAAUCUUAUUUCAAAAUGUACCAUUUGUAAUCGUUUCGAAGGACGUGCUUAUAACUCUCCACCGGCCGCUCCUUUACCGAGUUAUCGCGUGACUGAAGACUCUGCAUUCUCAAAUAUCGGAGUAGACUUCGCUGGACCCGUUUAUAUAAAAAACAUAUACGGUUCUGAAAAGGGAAUGAACAAGGCCUAUAUAGCGUUAUUUACAUGUACUGUUUCACGAGCGUUGCACCUUGAAUUGUGUACUGAUUUAUCUGCACCAGCAUUUUUACGCUGUUUUAAACGCUUCCAAGGGAGACGAGGCGUUCCGAAACUUGUUGUGUCCGAUAAUGGCAGCACAUUUCGCGACAAAACUGUUCAACGACAUGCAUUAGCAAGAAAAAUAAAGUGGAAAUUUAAUGUUCCCCGCGCGAGUUUUUGGGGCGGAUUCUUUGAAGUAAUGGUGAGACUGGUAAAACGUUGUUUACGGAAAAUUGUCGGAAAUGCUCGCUUAAACUACGAAGAACUAGAGACAAUUUUGAUAGAAAUCGAAAGUGUUGUCAAUUCACGUCCUUUGACGUACGUCAGCGGUGAUUUCGCUGGAGAACCAUUAACUCCGUCGUCCCUCGUUAUAGGGCGAAGACUUAUCGAUGCUCCGAAUGUUGAAACGUAUGCUGAAUAUGAUUCGUCAAAAACAAAACUGACACACCGCCAAUCGCAUCUUAAAUCGUUAUUGAAGCAUUUUUGGAAUCGUUGGUCAAGCGAGUACUUGCUAACUUUGCGAGAAUUCCACAAAAACAAGGGAAAAACCGGAGCGAGAAUCGUAGCUGUUGGCGAUGUUGUUGUUAUUUUGAACGACAAAGUUAAACGACAACAAUGGAAACUUGGGAAAAUUUUAAAGGUUUAUCCUGGAAAAGAUAAUAUUGUUCGCGCAGCUGAUGUAAAAACGACAGAUUCAGCUGGAAGAUCUAUUAUUUUGAAAAGAUCAAUUACUCAUUUAUAUCCACUGGAAGUACGAGAGGAUUCGGAAAAAGAUUACGGUAUCGCUGCUGCUGCGGAGCCUGCAGUGUCUGAUGUGUUUGAUGUACCGAUUCGAUUUAUUGCGGAUGAAGAAGCUGAAGAGCUGAUAAAUUAAACACUUUGGUUAAAUAUAUGAUUGACCUCCCUCAAUCAGGGGGGAGGAUGAUUUGAAUACGAGGCUAACCUCGAGCUUGACUUACUAACUACAUUUAUAAACGAUAACGUUGUUGAAUCUCUUACAUGAUUUUGUGCUUUUAGUUUUUAGCUGAAGUAACGAGGCGUAUUUCUAUACUAUUGUUUUAAUUUGUGUA